GAACACAGGAAAUACCAUGAUUGUGUGAUGUGAUGUGACUGCGAGCUAACCAGCCUCCAUAAAAUUCAAAAAAAGAAAGCAAAAUAAAAGAUAAAGAGCCAACCGGAGAGCGAGACAGAGAGAGAGAGAGAGAGCGAUUCUGUAGUCGUUAAUGAAGAUGGAGUCACCAUUCAAAGCGGAUAUAGUGAAGGGCAAAAUUGCUUUGAUAACAGGAGGUGGUUCAGGAAUUGGGUUUGAGAUUUCUAAACAAUUCGGUGAACAUGGAGCCUCCAUUGCAAUCAUGGGACGGCGCAAGCCAGUCCUUGACGCCGCCGUUUCUACUCUUCAGUCUCUUGGGAUUAAGGCUGUAGGCUUUGAGGGGGAUGUUCGCAAGCAGGAAGACGCAAAAAGAGUUGUUGAAUCAACUUUCAAGCAUUUUGGGAGGCUUGACAUUCUUGUAAAUGCUGCAGCUGGAAACUUUCUUGUGUCAGCUGAGGAUCUGUCCCCUAAUGGGUUUCGAACAGUUAUGGAUAUUGAUUCUGUUGGCACAUUCACCAUGUGCCACGAAGCACUGAAAUAUCUCAAAAAAGGAGGACCUGGAAGAAGCCCAUCUGGUGGAGGUUCAAUUUUGAACAUAAGUGCCACUUUACAUUACACAGCUUCUUGGUAUCAAAUACAUGUUUCUGCUGCUAAGGCAGCCGUUGAUGGUAUAACUAGAAACUUGGCAUUGGAAUGGGGGACCGACUAUGAUAUUCAAGUCAAUGGAAUUGCCCCAGGCCCCAUUGGUGACACCCCUGGCAUGAGUAAACUUGCACCUGACGAGAUCACUAGCAAAGCUCGAGAAUACAUGCCAUUGUAUAAAUUAGGAGAGAAAUGGGAUAUUGCUAUGGCUGCUCUGUACCUUGUUUCUGAUGCUGGUAAAUAUGUCAAUGGAACCACCCUCAUAGUUGAUGGAGGACUUUGGCUCAGCCAGCCUCGCCAUCUGCCAAAAGAGGCCAUCAAGCAGCUUUCCCGAGCAGUGGAAAAGAGGUCUAGAGACAAACCAGUUGGGGUUCCGACCAGCAAGCUUUGACCACAACAAUGAAACUAUGAUCAUAAAUGGGUUUCAUAUCCAUCAUUUGCUACAAAUAUAUAAUUUAUAAUAAAACAAAGUUCUCAAUGUUCUGUUAAUCACAUUCCAACCAGCAUGGAUCAUCAUUGAAUAAUAUUAGUUUUAUUGCGUAUGGAACUUUUAUACAAUAUGAAUUGUAUUUGUAUUUUGUAGACAGAUUGACAACCUUUCAAAAUAAUCACAUUCACAUUGAGCAGGAA